GUGUAUGACUCACGAUUAAAAAAAGGUUUCUAGGUAUGUUUUUAUGCGUGUAGGUUCUCAAAAUGUCGUCAUUCGCUAUAUCAACUAUGAGGGGAGUUUUUGGAGGAGUACCGUCAUCUUUGUUGAAAGAGGUUCGAUUUCAUAGAAAGUUAAACACUAACAGAAAGCUGAGUUAUAUGAAUAUGAUCAAACAUCGCGUCAAUUUUGAGAAAAAGAUCGACCUAAAUCGGGCAGUUUGCGAGGCCGAAAAGGUGGUCGGUUAUCCGACAUCUUUUCUCAAUUUGCGCUGGCUUCUAAGCGAUGAGGUGGCGAAUAUCGCGCUGCACUUGAGAAAACUUAUGGGUUCCGGUCAUCCUUUGAUCCACACAGUUCGGGAUUUUCUUACUGGCAACAAUUCACCCGCGUGGGGUCUUGUCGUUUUGCUCGUUUCAAAAGUUGCUGGUUUAAAUGGAGAGUUCAAAAGCGUGGAUAAAGAUCUUUCGGUCGGAGUUCUGCAUAGUCAGAGAGCUUUGGCCGAAGUAACCGAAAUGAUAAGAACGAGUAACAUCAUACAUAAAAGCUUAGUUAACGUGAGGAAUGGUAACGAUGUGUCUAAAGGCGACGCGGUUGAUCUUUAUUUUGGAAAUAAAAUAUCUCUACUCAGCGGAGAUUAUCUUUUAAGUACCAGUUAUCACACUCUUGCGUGUUUGAAGAACCAAAGUUUAAACGAAUUGAUGUGCGCCGCCCUAAGAGAUUUAGUCGAAGUCGAAUUUGUAGGACCGAGAGACGAUCAAAAUGUUGCCUUGCCCAUUAAACCCAAUCCAGAACAGAAAGAUAUCGAGGUUUACGAACAUUACGAUUCAGAGCCUUACGAUAUCGAGGAUAUUUUAGGGAAUGUAAAAGCCGAGUGGACUCUUAGGAAUGUUUUAGGUGGAGCUAGUUUAUUAGGAAAAUCCUGUCAGGGAACGCUAAUGCUUGCUGGUCAUCCUGUUGAAGUACAGGAGAGAGGCUACAGGAUAGGGAAGAAUGUGGCUUUAGCCUGGCAGGCCAGGAACGAAAUAAAGAUUUUUUCGAAGGGUUAUAAGGGCCCGUUUAAGCUGGUUUGUGCUCCACUCAUGUUUCAACUCGAGUGUGAACCGGAACUGUACAAGGAAAUAGAAAAGGGAACCAGUUCAGUCGAUAACGUGGACUACGAUCUGUUACGCGAGAGGGUUUGCAACGGUAAUGGUCUGGAAAAAACCAGCGAAUUGUUUACGAAACAUUCUUCACGUGCCCUCGACGAACUCCGAGAAUUUCCAUCAACAGAAGCCAGAGCGGCUUUGAUAAACAUCAUAACUGCAACGCAUUGAUUCGCGUAGAUGCUAUUAAUUAAUGUUUAGGUUUAACAAAUGUACGUAUGUAUUUAGUUAUCAAAAAUAGUACUUUUUCUUUAA